AUGAUCCAGGAUUUCCUUAAGAUGCAAGAGUCACGUAGAUAUCAGGAAGUCGAUGCCGACGUGAAAGCCUUGGAGGCCGCCGUGGACGAUAUCUCUGAUUGGAUUGGGGAGUUAGUGAAUAAGGUGGAAGCUCAAAAUGGCCUCUUGAGCAUCGUAGGGCUUGUGCAGGUUGAAGCCUUACAGGAGGACACCAAGGAGGGCGUUAUCGACCCAUCCCUCCUUGGGAACUCCUGGAACGAACGAAGCGCUAAGUCGUUGGUACAGCAGAGAAAGUUGAGGGAAAUUCUAGCAGCGAGGAAGAAGCUGGCUCGGCAAGAGAAGAAAUUGCUAUGGUUCGUGAUCAGGCUUGUAGAGCAACAACUUAGAAGCGCAUUGAUAGGCGUUGCUAUUGCCUCGGUGCGAGAGUUCUGUUCACUACUCGCCGCGGGAGCUGAGCUGUCUCUCCCUGGCUUCAUGUGCAUGCUCUCUUCCUAUCGUGGCGGCGUUAAGAAGCUACUGCCCCCCGAGAAAGAAAUUCAGGUACGCCCACUGUUUUCGCUAACCGUGGAGUUCCGCAAGAAAAGUGUGAUGGAGAGAUCAGGCUUGGACGGCCUCAUUUUCCACCCCAGUCGGUCGGACUUCGAGGAGGGAGUGAGGAAGUUUUGGGAAGGAGUGUUGGAGGCAUUGAAUAGAGUCCCCAAUUUAGGCGUGAAAAAUUCGGACGAGUUGCCCAAACCAGAAGGGCGCCUGAAGCUGUCCCUUAUGAGAGGAAGACCAGUGUCUGAUGUUGUCAAUAGGAUACACGAGUUCAAGAGGUAUAUCAAGUAUAUGUCGGGUAAGGUGUUGGGAGAUGUGGAGGCCGCAAUUGAAUAUAGCUUGGCUCAGUAUGUCCCGGCGAGGAUUGUAUUUGACUACGGAAACGAGUGGGACGAGGAUCAGUAUAUUGGGCAAGUUGGGCAAGAUUGUGAUAUGAUUAUGGAAGAUAUGAAUCUGAUGAAGGAGUUCAAGGAGAAAGUGAUCCCCAGCGUUAAAGUGUAUCACACUGCUGGCGCUAUACUCGUCAAUGGACAACCGCUGAGGGCUUCUUUGGAGCCUAUACCGCUGAGAGCACUUGAUGCCAUGAAACGUAUCUUGAACGACAUUGCUAAAGAGAGGAAUAAGGAGGUGCCGUAUUCCACGGCCGCGACAGUAGGUUCGAACUUGAAAUACACGGCAUACAUCAGCGCAGUGCAGCAGAUCCGAGAUGAGCUCGGUGACCUGCAAGAACGAAAUGUUAUGGUCACCGGCCUUUACUCGACGCUUGGGAAGUUUGGAUCGACGAUUUCUAUGGAUGAGCGAAUGCAGCUCGAUCUCAUGCAAAACAGGAUGGAGGAAUUAUCUGAUAAAAAAGUUGUCGAGGCCAGCGUAUGCAUUGAAAACAUCCGAAAAGAUAUGACCAAGGACUGCCUCGAGAAGUGCGCUUCACUUGAAGCGGAAUUGGUCCAUCUCGAGAGAUCUUUGAACAGCGGUGUCUUCUUAUCCGCUGACGCUGUAGUGAAUCGAACACACGGGGAAGUCUUAGCUGAUCUCGAAAGUAUACAUCAGAUGAUAGUCAAGAACGAGGAACGUGUCAAUGCGCUCCAACGUUCGCUGCAGCUGAUGAAAGUGAAUCCAUAUGAUUUUAAUCAAUUGCAGAAGCUCAAGUCUCGUUACGAACAACGGAGAGGAAUUUGGGAUUCGGUGGCGACUUGGCGCUCACUGACAACUGAGUGGCUGAAUGCUCCACUACGAGAAGUAGAUGUUGAAGGGUUGAAUCGGACUGUCAAUACGAUGUUCAAGGAAGCAUUCAAGCUGAGCAAGCAGCUGGAUGGAGAUCAGGUUGUGGAGGAAAUGAAAGAACUAAUCGGUGUGUGGAAGAGCAAUCUUCCGGUCAUACAGGAGCUUGGUAACCCUGUGAUGCAACGGAGGCAUUGGGAGAGAGUGUGUCAGGCGGUCGGCCUGGCCCUCACUGGAACUGCCGCGACGCGUGUCACACUAAUGAUGCUAGAGAAACAAGACAUAUACUCCCAUCGGGAAGCAGUUGGGGAGAUAUCGGCCGCAGCCAGCGGGGAACAUGCUCUGGAGAAGACUAUGGUAAAGGUUGCCGGUUCGUGGGAGGGGUUGCAGCUGCCGGUGAUGAACCAUCGUAACACCAAGAAUUUGUGGAUCCUUGGUGACGUAUCUGAACUGAUAACAUUCCUCGAGGACCACGCUGUGACGAUACAGACGGCCCUAGGGAGCCGAUUCGUUGCUGGAGUCAAGAAAACUGUUGAGGAGUGGGCGAAGAAGAUCUCGACCGCCUCAGAUGUGCUUGAUGAAUGGUUACAGGUCCAGAGGAGCUGGAUGUACCUCGAAAACAUCUUCUCGGCCGAGGACAUCCAGCGGCAACUACCUAAUGAAGCCGCCAAGUUCAAGUCUGUUGAUAAAUUCUGGAACGAGCUCUUCAAAAAGAUUCGUCGGUCCUCCCCUGCGGCGAUGGAUGCAUUCCACAUUCCUAAUUUACUCGUUCAGCUGCAAGAGGCGAAUGAGACCCUAGACCAAGUGCAGAAAUCUCUGGAGGACUAUCUAGAGACUAAGAGAGCUCUCUUCCCAAGAUUCUACUUCCUAUCCAAUGAUGAACUCUUGUCGAUCUUGAGCCAGACUAGGAAUCCGCAUGCAGUUCAGGAGCAUCUGUCGAAAUGCUUCGACGCGAUGAAUCGCGUGGUGUUUGACCCAGAGAAGAGCAGUCCGCCCGAGAUAACACAUUUCACCGACAUUGCGGGAGAGCGAGUACCUAACUCCACGCCCGUGCGAGCCGAAGGAGCCGUGGAAAUCUGGCUGAACUAUAUCCUCGAUCAGAUGGUACAGAGUUUGUAUGAUUUGACCAAGAAGAGUCUGCUGGAGUAUCCCGAGGACGGGAGGCGGGAGUGGUUGUUUGCAGACUAUCCAGCGCAGAGUGUCCUGCUGGUGGAUAUGAUUAGCUGGACAUCAAACUGUGAGAAGGAAUGGAAAGGGGGCGAGAUGCACCCUCUGUCGGAGUGCAUCAAGUAUCACCAAGAGCAGCUGCAGGAAUCCGUUGCGUAUGUCCGACAAGAUCUGAACAAGCUGCAGAGGAUACUGAUGGGCGCUCUCAUCGUGCUGGACGUACAUAACAUCACCGUUAUAGAGCAGCUCCUUGCAGCAGGCUGUAGAAGCGUCAAUGAUUUCGACUGGUCUAAGCAGCUACGAUAUUAUUGGGAUACUAAGUCGGUAUAUAGAACAGCAGUUUUUGAAGUGAUAUCAUUCAGGUACUCUUAUGAGUAUCUGGGCAACGGUCCAAGACUGGUCAUCACAGCUUUGACUGACAAGUGCUAUAUGACUUUGACAGGCGCCUUGCAUCUCAACUACGGUGGGGCCCCGGCCGGUCCUGCAGGCACAGGGAAGACGGAGACCACGAAGGACCUCGGCAAGGCUCUGGCUGUUCAGUGUGUUGUCUUCAACUGCAGCGACGGUCUCGAUUACAAGAUCAUGGGAAGGUUUUUCUCUGGCCUGGCUCAGGCAGGAGCAUGGGCGUGCUUCGAUGAGUUCAAUCGCAUUCAAGUUGAGGUCCUCUCCGUCAUUGCCCAGCAGAUGUUGACCAUUACUCAAGCCAUUCGAUCGAAGGUCUCCAUAUUCGAGUUCUCCGGACGGGAGAUCCCUCUGAACCCACGUUUUGGCGUCUUCAUCACCAUGAAUCCAGGCUAUGCAGGUCGAACCGAGCUGCCGGACAAUCUGAAGUCCCUAUUCCGUCCAGUGGCAAUGAUGGUUCCCGACUACGCACUAAUCGCGGAAAUCAUCCUCUACUCGGAGGGCUUCGAGGCGGGAUCGAUGCUCGCUAGGAAAAUGGUUCAACUCUACCGACUGGCCAGCGAACAGCUGUCGAAACAGGAUCACUACGAUUUUGGUAUGAGGGCAGUGAAGUCAGUAUUGGUGAUGGCGGGCCAACUCAAGCGAAAAUACCCUGAGCUUAACGAGGACGUAACGCUGAUUCGGGCCAUGCGGGACUCCAAUGUACCGAAGUUUGUGAGUGCUGAUCUGCCGCUCUUCAUGGGCAUUAUCAGCGAUCUCUUCCCUGGGAUACAGGUUCCUUACGUGGAUUACGGGGCUUUGCAGAAAGAAAUAGAGGCGCAGCUUCGAAAGGAACACCUGCAGGUGGUCGAGGGUUUUGUAGGGAAAAUAAUUCAGCUUCUGGAAACGCAGUUGGUUCGCCAUGGAGUGAUGGUAGUCGGAGUUACAGCGACGGGCAAGUCGACGUGCUCUACGAUCCUCUCCAGAGCGUUGUCACAGCUUUGUCUGGAUGGUUCGACGGACCCCGCUCACCAAGUGACCAAGGUUAUGGCCUUGAACCCGAAGAGUAUAUCUAUGGAGGAACUGUACGGCAGCUUCAAUGAGAACACUGGGGAAUGGUCGGACGGGUUGGUGGCCAUUCUGGUGAGGGAGGCCUUGAGUGAUACUUCCGAUAACAAAAAGUGGGUGCAGUUUGACGGACCUGUGGAUGCUAUUUGGAUUGAAAAUAUGAACACUGUGCUGGAUGACAACAAGAUGCUUUGCCUGAAUAAUGGGGAGAGGAUAAAACUCGCCCCGACCAUGACGAUGAUGUUCGAGGAGGCUCCGGGUAUUCCUAGUGUCGAUGCUAAUCUAUGCAAGUCGUUCAUGGACUUGUGCGAUUCCUUCGUCAACGACAGUAACGGCUUUGAAAGAGUGAUGCCAUUAGAGCCCGAACAAGAGGAGCCGACAAUCAAGCCGUCCAAGAGAUCGGAUGCCUCCAAUGAUAAGUUGUUGAGAAUGUACUUGAUCGUGGCGGCUGUCCGCAGUCUCGGUGGUAACCUGCACGAAACCAGUCGAGGGGAGUUCUUGGAGUUCAUGAGACCCCAUUUCGAGAGCAUCUGUCCCGACGUGGUGGAUUUCGAUGAUUUAUAUUCUGUAGCGGUGGAUCCAGAGAAGGGUACUAGCUCGAGGAGAUGGGGUUAUAAUGGGGUCCGCCGUCGACGGCGCAUUUCAGGUUGCUUCGAGCACAUUGAAAAUCGAGUUGAGCCGUUCACGUACACCCCAGGAAUGCCGUUCUUCAGUAUAUUGGUGCCGACUACAGAGUCCACGAGCCAGUUGAUGACACUAGAUGCGCUCACGAGGAAUGGUACAAAUAUUUUCUUCUCUGGUGAGACUGGUGUAGGCAAGUCGGUUGGGAUCGCUGCCUUCCUGGACAAGCUUGUGCGGGAGGGCGAGGCGGCAGACGCCGAGAUGAGGUUCACAGUGGCAACAGCAAACUUUUCAGCGCAGACCAGCAGCGGAAAUGUUGUCGAUAUAUUCGAAACAAGGCUUGACCGUAAACGGAAGAAUCUACUAGGGCCACCAGCCGGUACAGAAUCUUCGAAUAAGCCUACUGUGGUCGUUCAUAAGGGCUAUCACUUGAUCAGACUGAUUGAUGAUAUUGACCGAGAGUGGUUUGAUGAACUCUUCAAUAGAAAGCUCUUGCAAUACUGCGGUGUGUCUUGGGCGAUUCCUCGAUGGCGGGAAGUCAUGUUUGGCGACUAUAUGGAUCGUGCUACUAAGGCUUAUACGGAGUGCCAUGAUUCGGAGAAGCUUUCAAGAGUGUUCCAGGAGUACUUGGAUGAAUAUAAUAUGACUUAUCCGUCGACGAUGAGUCUUAUAUUCUUCAGUGAUGCCAGGGCCCAUCUAUCGCGUGUCGCGCGAGUCAUUAGGCAGCCCAGGGGAAAUGUUCUACUGGUCGGGGUCUCGGGAGUCGGUCGAAAGAGCGUCACGAGAAUGGCAGCUUUCAUGGCCGAAUAUUCACUCAAGAGCAUCGAAAUCACCAGGAGCUACGAUACGGCGGCAUUCAGAGAAGAUUUGAAGUCAAUGAUGUUCAGCGUGGCGAAAACGUCAAGCAAAGGGCUGGUCUUCCUAUUCUCGGACACUCAGAUCGUGAAGGAAAGCUUCUUGGAGUGUAUCAAUAAUAUUCUCAAUACAGGAGAGGUGCCUAAUCUGUUCGCCCCCGAUGAAUUGGAACAGGUCAUCGGUCUUGUCCGUCCGAUAGCCAAAGCCGCCGGGAAGCAGGAUUCCCGAGACGUUAUAUGGAGCCACUUCGUGCACUUGGUCAGAGAGAGCCUCCAUAUUGUGCUCGCAUUCUCGCCUGUUGGAGAAGCGUUCCGUGCGAGAUGCCGACAAUUCCCUUCAUUGAUAAACUGCUGCACGAUCGACUGGUUUAUGCCUUGGCCCAAGGAUGCAUUAUACAGUGUUGCUGAAAGGAACUACAAAGAUGCUGAUAAAUCCCUCGGGAUUGAUAACUACGUUGCGUCUCUCGCUACAAUGUCUGGUGUCAUUCACUCAUCGGUCACUGCGAUGGCAGAAAGCUUCUUCACAACGCUGAGACGAAGGACCUAUAUAACUCCCACAAGCUACCUCGAGCUCAUUAAGUUGUUCCUUAGCCUAUUAGAGGAGCUGCAAGGUAUCCUCACUGCUCGAUUGAAACGGUACACUGUGGGUGUGGACAAGCUGAAUGAAACCAAUGCUAUCGUCGACAAACUCAAGCAUGAUUUGACUGAGAUGCAGCCGGUGCUGAAGAAGGCUAGUGAGGACACAGCCAUGCUCAUGGAACAGGUUACGCGAGAUGAGGCAGAUGCACAGGAGAAAAAGCUGGCCUGUGCGGAAGAUGAGAAGGCGGCAGCGGCGGCUGCAGCUGAAGCGAACGCUAUUAAAACCGAUUGCCAAGCUGAUUUGGAUGAGGCAAUGCCAGCCUACCACAGUGCCAUGAAAAGCCUUGAGUCCCUAGACAAGAAGGAUAUUCAAGAGGCUAAGUCGUUCACGAAACCUCCAGCGCUCGUUGAGGUGGUAUUGAAGGCCGUGUGUUUGCUGCUGGGGAAGAAGGAGACUUGGGAUGACGCCAAGAAAGUCAUGGGAGACAUGGGGUUCCUGCAGUCACUGAAAAACUAUGAUAAAGACAGCUUAGCCAGCAAUCAGAGACUCACAGCCAAACUACAGACCUACAUCAAGCGUGACGACUUCAAUGCCGAAAGUGUCUCACGAGUGUCCAAGGCGGCGACCUCGCUAUGUAUGUGGGUCAUAGCAAUGGAUGUUUACGGCAGAGUGGCGAGAGGAAUCGAACCUAAGAAAGCGAAACUCGCGGAAGCUGAGAAAAUGCUGGCCGAUGCCGAACAGCAACUAGCUAGCAAGAAGGCGGUAUUGAAAGAAGUGGAGGAUCGGGUUGAAGGACUCCGAGCGAAACUCAGUCAGGCUAAAAAAAAAGCACAGCAGCUUGAGAAGGAUAUGGAAAUUGCUACUAUCAAGCUCGGGAGGGCAGAGAAACUCUUGGCUGGCCUUGGCAAUGAAGCGGUACGGUGGAAGGCGGCAUCCGAACAGUUGGAACAGAACCUGAAGGAUAUUGUUGGUAACGUGGUCCUUGGAGGAGGCUUCGUGGCAUACUUGGGACCUUUUACGGCUGAUUACCGUGAGAAGCUAACAGAGCAGUGGAUUCAGGAGUGUUUAGGAGAGGAGGUCCAUCUGGCUGUGGAUCCUAGAUGGGGCUGCGACGCUGUUCUUGGUGACCCUGCCAAGAUUCGCGAGUGGAACAUCCAAGGCUUGCCCAAUGAUAAGCUGUCUGUUGAAAACGGCAUCAUAGUGUCAAGAGGAAGACGAUGGCCAUUGAUGAUCGAUCCACAGGGCCAGGCUAACAAGUGGAUCUGUAACUUAGGAAAGGAGAAGGACAUACAAGUCAUCAAGCUCACUGAUGCUACUUAUCUCCGGACACUCGAGAAUGGCAUCCGCAAUGGAAACGCUAUUUUGCUGGAAAAUGUGGAAGAAGUCUUAGACCCAGCAUUGGAACCAGUUCUGUCGAAGCACGUAUUCAAAAAGGGCGGACAGAGCCUGAUUCGUCUGGGGACAGAGGACGUCCCAUACUCAAACGAUUUUGCCUUCUACAUGACCACCAAGAUGCCCAAUCCUCACUAUCUCCCAGAGAUCUGCAUCAAGGUCACUGUCAUCAACUUCACGGUGACCCCCUCGGGGUUGGAAUCACAAUUGGUUUCAGCAGUUGUCGCACAUGAACGUCCUGAUUUAGAGCAGAAGAGGGGGGAGCUGGUGGUGCAGAUAGCAGCAGAUAAGAAUGAGCUAAAUAACAUCGAACAGCUUAUUCUUAAGCUGCUAGCGGAGAAUGAGGGCGAUAUACUUGCUGAUGAUACCCUCAUUCAAACGCUGGAUCAAUCGAAGGAAACUACAGAUGCUGUUAAUGAGCGGAUGAGGAAUGCCGAGAAGACGAUGGUUUCGAUAGAGGAAGCUAGGGUUAAUUACGCCCCUGUGGGAACCCGUGGCAGUAUCUUGUACUUCGUCAUAGCUGAUAUGUCGAGCAUUGAUCCCAUGUAUCAGUACUCACUAGAAUUCUUCGUCAAUCUUUUUAAAGGAAGGCUGGCGAAGUCUGAGAAGUCGGACGACGUUGAAAAUAGAGUGUCUACCAUAGUCGGAGACGUCACUCUAGCAACCUAUACGAAUAUUUGCCGGGGUCUCUUUGAGGAUCACAAACUACUGUAUGCUUCACUUAAUACGAUACAAGUCCUCCGCAGCAUGAAGCAGAUACCCUCGCAUACAUGGCAGUUCUUCCAGAUUGGAGUUGAAGCCAUCAACGGUUUGGUGGACUUGGAACCUAUCCUUGAGAGCCAUCCGUGUCCACAAUGGUGCGACACAGUAGCAUGGAAUAAGAUUGUGGUCUUGGUUACACUGGCGGGCUUGUCGGGCGUCAAGGAUGUCGAUGGACUACUUGAUGAUAUGAUGCAGAAUUCGGCUGACUGGGAGAAAUUCAGCAGUUCUGACCACAUGUACGAGGCUCCUCUACCUGGGGUCUGGGAUGAGAAGGUCACUAGCUUCCAUCGGUUGUGCCUUGUGAAAUCUCUCCGUGAGAAUUUGCUGGUGCCGGCCGUACGUGAAUUCGUAGCGAAGAACCUCGGGAAGGAGUUUGUCGUGUCACCGGCUCUCGACCUUCGCAGCUGCUUCGACGACUCAGAUUGUGGCACGCCGAUAAUAUUCGUGCUCAGCCCAGGAGCUGAUCCAACAGAUAAUGUCAUCAAGCUAGCCUCAUCUUUGGGCUAUGCCGAUCGGUUGCAUAUGCUGUCUCUUGGACAAGGCCAAGGUCCGAAGGCCGAAGCGCUCAUCGAUCGGGCCAGGGAUAACGGGGAUUGGGUUAUGCUACAAAAUUGCCAUCUUGCAGCCUCGUGGAUGACGUCGCUCGAAAGGAUACAAGCUGAGCUCAAUCCUGCCAGGAUCAGCAAAUCAUAUCGACUAUGGUUGACAUCCAUGCCGAGCAAGGCUUUCCCUGUCCCUGUGCUGCAAGCUGGCAUCAAGAUCACCAAUGAGCCUCCCAAGGGCCUCCGUGCUAACUUAACGAGAAGCUUUCUGGCUAUCUCUGAGGAGCUUUUCGAGGGGAAUAGCAAGCCCAGAGCCUUCAAGAAAUUAUUAUUCGCUCUGGCGUUCUUUCAUGCGGUCAUCUUGGAGCGUCGGAAGUUCGGACCGAUCGGCUGGAAUAUUCCCUACGAAUGGAUGGACUCGGAUUUCCAGGUGUCAACCGAGCAAUUGGAUAUGUAUCUCAACGACCAGCCAGGUGUACCACUGCGAACACUGAGCUAUCUUGUGGCUGAAGUGAACUACGGUGGGAGAGUCACCGACGACAAAGACGUUCGCCUCAUCACCGCUAUUCUGGCUAGCUUCUUCCGCAAUGAAACCGUGGAAGAGAGCAAUUACCGCUUCUCGGCUGCUGAUAUGUACUACGCUCCAGAUGCUACGGGUUUGAGUGACGUGAGGAAUUACAUCUCUGCAUUACCUCAGGAUGAGGAUCCAAUAGUCUUCGGCCUGCACUCCAAUGCGCUGAUAACAGCUCAAAUCAACCAAGCCAAGAAAUUGCUGGAGGCGAUAGUAUCAGUACAGCCCCAGUUGAGUGGUGGCGAUGGAGGACUCGCGCCAGAGGAGAUCGUCUCCAAUAUGGUGAAUGAAUUCACCAGCCGCAUGCCAAAUGCCAUAUCAACGACUGACGGUCACAGACUCAGCUUUGCUAAGGAGCCGUCUGGAGGGAUCAUCUCUUUGGGUGUUUUUUUAGCUCAAGAGAUUCACAGGUUUAACCUCUUGGUGAGCGUCGUUAAGACAAGUUUGGCCGCUCUUGCUAAAGCCAUCAAAGGUUUUAUUGUGAUGUCAUCCGACUUGGAAGAAAUGUUUAACAGCUUUCUCAUACAGAAGGCUCCAGCAAAGUGGUCUGCAGCAGCGUAUCCUUGUCUGAUGCCUCUAAACUCCUGGGUCAGCGACUUCAUUAGAAGAGUGGAAUUCAUGCAUAGCUGGGCACAUUAUGGUCCUCCGGCUAGCUUCUGGUUACCUGCCUUCUUUUUCCCUCAAGGCUUCAUGACAGCAGGCAUGCAGAUGCAUGCUAGAGCUCACAGAAUUCCAAUUGAUUCUCUAACGUUUGAGACCAACGUUCAGACUUAUUCUAGCCCGGAUGAGUUGCCCGGGCCGCCUGAGACCGGGGUUAAUAUCCAUGGAGUAUUCCUCCAGGGCGCUGGAUGGGACCUCGAAGGUGCUUGCCUUCAAGAAUCCGCUCCAGCCGUUCUCUUCAUCCCUCUACCAGUCAUCUCCUUACGCCCUGUUCUAUCGGCUGACCUCAAGGAGAAUCGCUCGAAUUACUUUUGCCCGUUAUACAAGACGUCUAUUCGAGCCGGAACGCUUUCAACCACUGGUCACUCCACCAAUUUCAUCAUGUACCUGAACAUCAAUGGAGGCACUGAACCAGCAGAACAUUGGAUACAAACGAUGAUCGAAAGUGAUGGUGAGGCGGGCAUAAUAUCAAGAGCCGCCAAUCGAUGCGUUCUGGCUCAUGUAAAAGUCAACCAGAACGGUGAUGACUCACACGUCCCUGAGGGACGGUCCCUCACGGCAGCUUGCUUCCUGCACUGUCAGUGCUGUGUGGAGGAGUGUUAUGGCGGAUCGCCACACACGCACGUUAAGGAGUAA